CUAUGGAUUGAUUGACGAAAACGAUUAUUGUUGAAUUGUGUUGUAAUGCGUCAAAAAAUCGCUUCCCAAAGCUUAAUUUAUCUGAAUUCAUAUUAGUUUUAGGAAAAAAAUAAACAUUUACAAUGGCAGAUGAUUUAAGGAAUUAUAAACUGCAACUUCAACAGGUAGAAGCAGCGUUGCUCACUGAUGGUGAGAACGAGGAGUUGCUGAAACUAAAGGCUGACUUGGAAGAAGUAAUAGAGUUGACACAAGAUCUUAUAAAAACUCAAGAUGGUGACUCCAAAGUCCCUAAUAUUCAUGGUUCUAGUAAUGAUCAUGAUGUUACAGCGUCCCUGUUGGCGGCCGAGGAUGAUGAAAGCGCUCACAAAUACCUUUCAAAUUGGCAAGUCGGAGAACGGUGCCUGGCUAAAUGGAGAUCAGAUGGACAAUUUUAUGAAGCACUCAUUGAAGAUGUUACUGAGGAUACUUUGAAAGUAAAGUUUGAUGGUUAUGCAACUGCAGAAGUAGUUUCAAUUAAUGAUGUGAAGGUAAUACCGGGUAGCAGUCUGAAGAGACCUCAUAGUGGAGAUGAAAGCAAACAUGGCAAAGGCUACAAUAGAGAAUACCUUAAAAAGAAAAAGCAGAAAAAGCAGCAAAGGUUUAAACAGAUUGAAGAGGAAAGAGAAACUGAAAAGAAUAAAUGGCUCAAUUUCCACACCAAGGCAGCCAAGAAACCUGGUGUAAGGACAAAAAGCAUAUUUGCUUCACCUGAUAAUUUGACUGGUAGAGUUGGCAUUGGGACUUGUGGCAUAUCAGGAAAACCCAUGACUGAGUAUACUCCAGGAGAAAAAUGGAAGAAAGGAGGAUAAUACUAUCUGUUAAUUUAGUUUAAGUUAGUCAUAUUUAAUCUUAAAACCUUCUGUAAUUCGUAGAUAUACAUAAAAUCAAUAUGUGUGACUUUAUGUACAAAAAUAUGUAAAUUUCAAUUGUACACACAUUAAAGCAUUCUAUGCUUCAGCUUAUGAAAUAAUGUUAUAGUGAAAAAACAGCUAUUUGACAACUUCUGUUGCCUUGAUUAGACCUAUGAGAUGUUCUCUAUCUAUGACUAACAGAAAUGGUAAUUUCUUCAGAAGACCAUCAAUCAACUGAUCCAAUAUUCUUGGUGAUUUUUAUGCAUUAAUGAAAUAAAUAAAUAAAGUUGUUGAACUCAAUCACUGUUGAUUUUUAAGAUGAUUCACAGUCGCCCACACAAAAUGUAGUAUGUUUGUUAUACCAGGUGACAACGCAAUGCAUAAUAGUGCUGUGUGAAUCCUUCUGGUUAAAAUAGAUUUGUGGUGACUAUCGCGUGUGUUAGUCACAGUGCAUUUUUAAAAUUGAGGUCAUGGUGUAUUUACGCAUUAUUCAAAUCCAUUUUAGCUGAUAUAAAAGCAUCCUCGCAACUCGCCACAGGCAUUUCUUAUUAUUACGCCAUCCAUGUUGUAUCUUACGAUCCUCAAUUAGCUUCAUUACACCAUGCCAGAUGAUGAAAUGUUAUCUUUAUCGAGAAUGUACCUACAAUAAUUUCUUAUAAAUAAAUAAUAAUAUUAGUAGAA